UAGAACUGUGGGAAACUCAGUGCACUAAAUCCUACUGAACAGGGAGGGCUAGGCGCAGGGAGCCACUUCUUCGUCUGCCAGCAUGGGGGACCUUUGGUAGUGAGCGGCAGCGACCCGAAGCCGGCGGCCCAAGGUGCCGGACUAGGUCCGGGCGGCCCCGCCUGCCUGCCCCGCCUCCCUCCUGAGUCUCUGCCCCGCGCGCGGUUGCUGUGGCAGCGCCGGACGCAGAUCGAGCCGAGGCUGCCGCGGCCUCCACCUCCGCCUCCAAAGGCCUCCCCAGACCCCAGGGUGCCGCUCAGCUAGCGUCUCCGCCAUGCCUCGGGGGAGGCGCGGCGGCCGGGUGAGCGCCCUGGAGGGCGGCCCGGAGGAGGAAGCGCCCCCGGCGGCGGCCGCGGUGCCCUCGGCGCUGUGGGCGUCCCAGCUGCAGCCGGAGGCGGCGGCCGGGCAGAUCCUGCUGCGUGGCAUCUUCGAGAUCGGGAGGAGCAGCUGUGACGUGGUGCUGAGCGAGCGGGCCCUCAGGUGGCGGCCCAUCCAACCCGAGCGCCCCGCGGGUGACUCCAAGUAUGAUGUUCUAUGUAAAGAAGAAUUUAUUGAACUCAAGGACAUAUUCUCUGUCAAACUGAAACGGCGUUAUUCUGUUAAACAGCAGGGAAGUGGUACCUUAUUAGGUAUCACACUCUUCAUAUGUUUGAAAAAGGAACAAAAUAAAUUAAAAGAUUCUACGCUUGAUCUUAUUAAUUUAAGUGAAGACCACUGUGAUGUGUGGUUUAAACAAUUCAAGAAACUUUUGGCUGGUUUUUCAAAUAGACCAAAGUCAUUAAAAAUAAUUCUUAACCCCCAAAGCCACAAAAAAGAAGCUACCCAGGUCUAUUAUGAGAAGGUUGAACCACUGUUGAGGACGGCAGGAAUAAAGACUGACGUAACAAUAACAGAAUAUGAAGGACAUGCUCUGUCACUCCUAAAGGAAUGUGAACUCCAGGAAUUUGAUGGUGUUGUCUGUGUUGGUGGAGAUGGAUCGGCCAGUGAAAUCGCCCAUGCUUUGCUUCUUAGAGCCCAGAAGAAUGCUGGGAAAGAAACGGACCUCAUCCUCACCCCUGUCCGUGCAGAGCUCCCUCUGGGUUUAAUACCAGCAGGCUCUACCAACGUACUGGCACAUUCUCUUCAUGGAAUCCCUCAUGUGGUAACUGCAACUUUGCACAUUAUAAUGGGACACAUACAACCUGUCGAUGUCUGCACCUUCAGCACCACUGGCAAAUUUCUUCGCUUUGGGUUCUCAGCCAUGUUUGGCUUUGGGGGAAGAACUUUGGCUCUGGCAGAAAAACAUCGAUGGAUGUCACCCAACCAACGAAGGGAUUUUGCUAUAAUUAAGGCACUGGCAAAACUUCAGCCUGAAGACUGUGAAAUAUCAUUUUUACCAUUUAUCAGCUCUCAGGAUUUACAAGAAAGGAAGGUGGAAGGAUCUCCCAAAUCUGUGAGUAAUGAUCAGUGGCAAACGAUCCAGGGUCAGAUCCUGAAUGUCAGCAUUAUGGCAAUUCCUUGCCUGUGUUCAGUGGCACCUCGAGGCUUGGCACCUAAUACCAGAUUAAAUAAUGGAAGCAUGGCUCUUAUAAUUGCACGAAAUACUUCUCGGCCAGAAUUUAUAAAACACCUGAAAAGAUAUGCCAGUGUUAAGAAUCAGUUCAAUUUUCCAUUUGUUGAGACUUACACUGUUGAAGAGGUUAAAGUUCGUCCGAGGACUAAUAGCGCACCCAAUCUAGAGGAGGAUGCUGGGAGGCAUGCAGCUGCUUCAGAAAACAAUUUCCCUUGGAAUGUAGAUGGUGAUUUAGUGGAAGUCGCAUCAGAGGUCCAUGUUAAGUAAGUGUAAUUAUUUCCCCGCCUUAAGUGUCCACCAGUAGACACAAAACUGAGUGCAAUGGAAGUCUCCUUGUCGUGACUUUUUUUUUUUAGAUUAGUAAGUUAGGGAAGCAUAAAAAGAGCGAUGUACAAUUUUAAUAAAUAACUUUACACUUAUUCAGUUGUUAUAUACACCCAAAGCAUUUUCAUAUAGACUCAACCACAACUUAUGAGUCUCUAUUGGCAUUGUAAAAUUAUCAUUCUCCCUAAACUAUACAGAUAAUGCAGGAUUACAGUUUACAUUUGAUAUUUCCAGUCUUUCCAAAGCAUUCAACUUACUUCAUGCAGACACAAUUGUACAUACUGUAUAAGUAACAGGAACAACUGGCACAAACAAGUUUAAGACUAUGCAAACUCAUUGUUGGUAAGCAUUAUGCCUCAAUGGGUAAAAAGUACGCAGGAGCACACCACUAGCUGUGAGCUUUCUAUGGGCACAAUGCCUGGAUUUUAUAGUAAUCACUGGUGCUGAGUUAUCAGGCCCCCCAGUUUUACAAGAUUGCAGCUCUUCCAAUGUUUAACUAUCGGUAGAUUUGUAUUGGGUAUCAUGUACCAUACUCUGUGUGAACAAUGAUAGGUUGAUGAAAUAAUCACACCUAUCUUUUUUACAGAUUACACCCAAGACUUAUCAAUCUUUAUGGAGGAAGCAUGGAAGAAAUGAAUGAUUCUGAAGUUAACUGUAAUUGUUUAUAAAAGGAAUGUACAAAAUAGAAUUUUAAUGGGAGGGAAUAUGGUCAUUCUUUAAACAUAUCCUAAUAGGAAACAAAAUUCUGAUUUUUUAAAGAAAUUUACUAUUUUGUUACUAAAAAUUAGCUUCUAGAGCUUAAAAAAAUUAGGCAAUAUAACCAUUUAUGGGUUUUGGAAAGCAUUGGAAUGGAAACUAUUUCAUAUACUUAAAACAUCUAAAUUCUUUUACUUUGGAGUUACUGAUUUUACAGGAUGAUUGUUUUAACUUUUCAGGAUUUGAGUCCAUCAGUCCUGACAUGAAAUUUCCUGUAGCCUGGUACACGUGGACUAGAGUUUAUGUAAGGAUGCCCUGAUGAGGUACUAAUCUAGAUUUCAAAUCUUUCCAACAUCUACAUUAUUUGCCAAAAAAGGAAAGAAAUUGUUAUGGUACCAAUUUUGUGACUAUUCCCUGAAAGUUGAAAACUGUUGAUUUUCUUUAAAGUGUUUUAAAAUUUGUAAGACAGAUGAAGUUUAUAGCAAAUUUUAAAUUACACAAAAUAUCACACGGUCUAGGAGAUACAUUCUUUGUGCUUCUGAAAGUCCUGUUAUCCAACAAUUGUAACACAUUGGUUUCAAUGUACUCAGUAAUACCGAAAAUGCUAUCAUUUCAGAAAAGAGCCAAUUUCAAUUGCCUCAGGGAUCAUCCUCCACCACUGAUCCCAGAGGUUCUCCUGAAAGACUUUGUUUUUUAGUAAUGAAAAAACAGAUCUUUUGCUUAUAUAAAGGGUACUUUUUAAAGCUUAAUUUCUACCGGUAGACAGUGAGUUCAGGAGGUUUCCUGCUCUCAGCAUUCGAGGAGUGAAACCCAGUCACUUUGACAACCUUGUUCUGGGGCCAGCAAUUAUAUACUGAGGGAUUGUGAAGAGGUAACUUCUAGAAAUUCCAGCUGACAGAGACAGCUGGUGGCAGGGCUUCCGCUAAGGAGAUAUUUUCCCUAAUAGCUAAAUUAGAGGGAAGUCUUACUUACUACCUGAUCACUUCCAAUAACAGAUUUUCAAAAUUGCCUACAGCUUCCUUAUACAGAGGUUAUAAAGACAGAAUAAAUAAAUUCAGAUGAAAUUAUAAUCUUCAGCUAUCAGAAUCUAGGUCAUAUGCAUGAAUAACUAUUACAAAAAAUGAUUGUAUCUGCAAAUGAAAAGGCAGUAUUUCACUCGUCACUAAAACCUCUAUGAUGGAAAUUUUGAUGGCACAUUUUAUUCACUGAAAACAAGCAAAAUCGGUAAAGUUAGAUUUCUAAAUUUUGUUUCUCUAGUUCCAUGCAGAAGAGAAUGCUCUUAUAGACCUGAUAAAAACACAUUUAAUACAUAGUUUUGAAGAGAAAGAGUAACAUCUAAACAAGGAGGUGCAUUUGCUUAAUUUGAUAGUCAAUAUUUUACUCAGUAUCUAAUUUAUAUGAAAUACUGGCCUCUAAUCAGGCUCUUUGUAGAGUUUUGGUUUUAAGAGUCAUUAGUGAGGUACAGUUUCCAUAUUUUACAUAUAUCAGUGUAUUAAUAUUUGAAAUAUCAGCUAAAGUGCAACAUUCACAAUGUUUCAGAAUAUAAAUUAGAAUUUUUAAGUAUUGUUUUCAUAAGCAAAAAAUUUCACUGAAAAUGGAUUUUAGGAAUUUACUCCUGGGUACCCUUAAUAAAAAUGUGUUCUAAGAUGACUAGCGGAUUAAUACCUCUAUAAACAUAUUCUUUUAAAACAUUAUGUAUAUAUACAGAAAGAAAAAAAACCCAUAGCUGUAUAAACAAUUAUUCUGAAGUCAUCUUAUUAAGCUCAAACCAGUGUAUAAGUUCAUGCUGAAGUUUGCUCAUCAGGAUCAUAGUC